GUCUAUAAAUUGAUUCAUGCAAGAAAUGAAGAAAUGCAAUACAAAGUUGAGCUCAGAAUUAACAAACAAUAGUAUAUUUUAGAUGGUUCUUUCUUUUGAUCAAUCAAUGGCUAAUGUUAAGCUAGCUCCUUUUGCUAUCUUCUUGCUUGCUGCAUUCUUAAUGUUCUCGAUGAAGAAAAUAGAAGGAGCAAAGUGUGGGGAGGAUUGCGACACACAAGUUAAUUUUUGUAAUAAUCAUGAUGGUUGUCAAUGCUUUGUCACGGGUGUUUUGAAUCAGCCUGGCUGGUGCGCCACACUUCUUCAUAUUGAAAAGAAGGUUGAGGAACAACCUAACUUAUGUUGGUCUCAUGCUGAAUGCAUAAGAAAGGGUAGUGGGAAUUAUUGUGCUCAUCUUCCUAAUUCUAAUAUCAAAUAUGGCUUCUGUUUUGCCUCUAUCUCUGUAGCAGAAGCUACAUUCAAGAUGGCAGCUAGCACUAUAUUCAAAAGCAACUUCUUGAAGAUGUCUGUUCCUGCUUAAUAUCAAUAUGCAAGAAAAGCCUACCAUGCUAGAUGUAUAUUAUGCAUCUAUGUACUACUUUAAAUAGUAGUCUUUGUUUCCAACUAAAUAAUUGGAUUUCUUAAUAUCCAUCCAAAUUUCAAUAAUGAUGUAUAUGCAUGGUUGUGGCUAUUUAAGAUAUGAUGUUGAUUUGCAAGUAAUGUAUGUCAUUACUCGUUUUCAUAUAUAUAAUAUAUAGUUGGGGAUUUGUAUUUUUGCUUUCA